CGUGCGCGCGUGCUUUGCUUCCCGUUGGUUCGGCUAGAUGGGUGGUGGGUUAGGCGGGGUGAUAAGGGGGAUUGAUGGUGAGGUGCGUUUUUGGUGAUAGAGGGGUAUUAGGUUUAGGAUUGGGAUGGGAAUGGGAUUGCGGGCGAAUGUUUUUGGGGAUUCGGGAAGGGGUGAUGUGAUUGCCCGUUUGGAUUGAGGUUUUAAGGGAGGUGUUGUGUUGUGUUGUGAGGGUGCUGAAGUGGGAUGGAUGGUGAGAGGGAGGAAAGUCUAUUGGUAUCGUGAAUAUUGUUGUUUUUUUUGAGAUAUCAUUUACAUCUCAAUUCUCAGCACCAUCCAUAACAUAUAUAUUUCCUGGCCUUAUUUCGCCAAAAAAGGGAACCUCUUCAAAAAGGAAAUCAAAUCUUAUACCAAUCCAUCCAAAACACCAUCUCCAAACUCCAAACCUUCAAUCAAUCUAACCUCAUCCCCCAACAACAACAACACCAACAACCACCACCAUGCCACGCCCCCUCAAACUAGCAGCCGCCCAAAUGGGACCCAUCCACCAAACCUCCAAAAGAACAGACACAAUACACCGGAUGCUCACCCUCCUCCAGCGCGCCUCCUCCCUAGGGGCGCAAGUCGUGCUCUUCCCCGAAUGCGCCCUAACAACCUUCUUCCCCCGACACCUAAUAACCGACGCCUCGCUCCUCUCCUCCUACUACGAACACGACGACGACCUCCCCAACGCGCCCAAUACAAAACUAUUAUUCGACGAAGCGAAGAAAUUGAAGAUUGACAUCUCCCUGGGCUACGCAGAAAUGACCCCCGGCGGAAAAAGCUACAACACCUCUCUCUACUUCUCCGCGCACACCGGUACCAUCCUCGCUAAGUACCGGAAAAUCCACCUCCCCGGUACCUCAGAACCCUUCUCAAACCCCGAGGCAGUAAACCAACUUGAAAAACGAUAUUUCCACAUCGGCGACUUAGGAUUCUCCGCCUUCAGAGCGCCGGAUUUGGUUCCAGGGGUGUUGAAGAAAGGUGAUGUGAAGGAGGAGGAUGAGGGGAGGACAGAGGGAAAAGGCGACCCGAUUAUGGGGAUGAUGAUCUGUAAUGAUCGCCGGUGGCCGGAGAGCUGGCGGUGUUAUGGGUUGCAGGGUGUUGAGGUGGUGCUUUGUGGGUAUAAUACUGCGGGGUACGCGCCGGAUCUUUGGGGGACGAGGAGGGUGAUGACGCCGGGGGAGGCGGAGGAGGAUGCGGUUUUUCAUCAUAAACUUGUACGUAUCCCCCUCCCCUUAUCCUUUCUUCCUCCCCCCAAAAACUCCACCCUUCUUUCAUACACAAACUAACAAAAAACAGGUAAUGCAAUCCAACUCCUACAUGAACUCCUGCUUCUCCAUCUCAGCAGCCAAAUGCGGGCUCGAAGACGGGAAAUACGAUCUUAUCGCAGGAAGUUGCAUCACCUCGCCCGAAGGACAUAUUCUUGCCGAAGCGAAAACGAGAGGUGAUGAGAUUGUGUUUGCGGAGGUGGAUUUGGAGGAUUGUCGACAGGGGAAGGAGAAGACGUUUGAUUUUGCAAGACAUAGACGGGUGGAGGCUUAUGGGCUUAUUACGGAGAGGACGGGGGUUGAUGAGGGGGGGUUGUUGUAG